UUUAGUUUACAAGGUUGGUCACUCCUCUCACUACCCGCUUUCAGGAAAACCGUAACUAAUUUUGUAAGGGAUCACCUCAAAGAGCUCUUGUGGAAGUUAAAGUAUGAGUGUAAGUGGCAGGGUGCUCACCAGCGGUGUAACUGUAUUGCGUUCUUGCUCGAGAUGGAAUCUAAUUACACACAAUUAUCUCACUUGAUCUGAUAGAGGUUAUCAACGUUUGUGUUUAUAAUUCUCGCUAAAAGUCUUGCAAACAGGAAUCCCGUUUUACCUUUAUCACCAAAAAAGUGCCUUGUUGAGAUUUAUUGCAAUACUUAGCUUUACACGGAGAAAAACGCAUUCAAUUUUCCUAGCGGGAUGUCACGGAAGAAAGCGAAAUCGACUUCCGGUGUCUUCGAGGAAGCGGAUAAAUUUCGACGAGCUACUUAUUUCAGGACAAUUACUGUGGCUGUUUUGGGAGAUUCUGGCGUGGGAAAGAGCUCAAUUAUUCGUCAUAUCGUAGGGGAGGCGUUUAUUCACGAACACAUACCUACAGUAGAAGAAUUCUACGUGAAGCAAAUAACCUACAGAAACAAAACUUGCGAGAUUCACAUCAUCGACACAUCGGGAACCUACGAGUUCCCUCCUAUGAGGCGAAUCGCUAUCCAAAAAUCCGACGCUGCAAUAUUAGUGUAUUCUCUGGAUAAGCUUGGAUCCUUCUCAAAGCUGGAAAAAUUCAUGGAUGAAAUCGAGAGCUGUUGUGCUGACAGCAAUCGUCGAAUUCCAGUCAUCAUCGUGUCUAACAAGACUGAUCUUCCUAAUUUGUCGGAGCCAACCUUUGUCAACACGAACGGCGAGCGAGUCAGCGCCUGUGAUCAUCUGGAGGACAAAUGGAAGUGUCAAUGGCUGCCUGCUUCGGCCAGAUUCAACCUAAAUAUGGAUGUGAUUCUCCCUAAACUCUUGGAUAAACUGUCUCCUGAGAAGACACUGGAGAGGAGUCCUAGCCACAUUUGGAAGCGCAGAUUUCGUUCAUUUUCAGAUAAAAGCUGAUUAGAAAGCUCAUAGUCAUUUCAUCCGGCUCCAAGUCGCUUGGUAUGUUUCACGCUGUAAUCUCGCUGAAUCAUUUUUCUAAACCCUUCGUAAUUUUUGUGGCUAAGUUACAAUGUAUGUACAAAUUAUUUCGUCGAUGUCAGGUGCAAUAAGAAAAAUCCUGAAAAUGAAAAAGACACUUACGAGGUAUCAGUUAAUUAUAGGUUUCUGUCCCACAAAGAGAUAGUCAUUGUGAACGAAGCUUCUUCAAACUAGGCUUUCAUUAGAACCGUCAUGUAUUCUUAAUACAUAAAUUAAACGAGUCUAAGAAAGGUCUUUGAUGAAUAAGAAAACGAUCCACAAAAUAAGAAUUCAAAACAACUUAAGGCAGAGCUGAUGACGGGUCAUUUACGUGCUUGGCUCGGCCCUUGUGACCGGCAGAUUUAGAGGAAGAUUUUGUCGGCGAAAUGUCCGCUGCCAGGACGCAAUCCAUUGCUAUGUGAGUCUGUUUUAGGGAUUUGCCAGUUUGCUGUAAAUUUUCGGCUUAUUCCAAAACAAUGAAAUUAAGAAUCACCAAAAUAACUCAUCUAGCUCAUCCAAUGGAAAAACUUAGACAAACAGAUAACUAGACAAAGUCGCUUUCUCCAGAGGAGAGAUCUGAUGUAAUGAUAAUGAUCUUGUUACGUUCUAGCUCUAAAAAUACGAUUUGAUUAAUAAACUAUGGUAAGAUGCGCUAAUAAAAUCCAUCCUAUAAAGUG